AUGGCAUUGCGAGCACGCUCCACAGCGCUGUCCCGUCUCAGCUACGGGAAUAGCGCUUUUAGAGGUAUACUUCACAAACGACAUUUGGCAACCUCUUCAGAUGUUCGACCAUACGAUGUCGUCGUCGUUGGAGGCGGCCACGCUGGCGCAGAAGCAUGCGCCGCCGCUGCUCGUUCCGGUGCCCGAACAGCGCUCGUCACUCCCUCACUCGACAACAUCGGUGUCUGCUCCUGCAACCCCAGUUUCGGCGGAAUCGGCAAGGGUACCAUGAUGCGCGAAAUCGACGCUUUGGAUGGUGUCGCGGGACGUGUGAUUGAUAAGGCUGGUGUUAUGUUUAGGGUUUUGAAUCGAUCCAAGGGUCCCGCUGUUUGGGGGCCCAGGGCACAGAUUGAUCGGGAUUUAUAUAAGCGGUACAUGCAGGAGGAGUUGGUCGCUACAAAGAAUCUGAGUAUUGUUGAGGCGAAGGUGGAAGAUAUUGUCGUUUCGCGUGACGAGAGUGACCAGAAUCCGCAUUCGGCCGGGAAGAUUGUCGGGGUUAGAUUGGAUUCGGGACAGGUGAUUCCCACGAGUCGGGUGGUGAUUACUACUGGCACUUUCCUGGGAGGAGAAAUUCAUAUUGGUCUCGAGGCUUACCCCUCAGGACGCAUGGGUGAAGCGGCGACACAUGCUCUAAGCAAAUCGUUACGACAAGCAGGUUUCCAGCUCGGUCGCUUGAAGACAGGGACACCGCCGCGGUUGGACAAGAAGUCGAUUGACUUCUCAUCAUUGGAAGUUCAGCGUGGAGAUUCGCCACCCAAUCCUUUCUCGUUUAUGAAUAAGACUACACAAGUGAGCGAUGAGGGUCAAUUGACGUGCUGGAUGACCCAUACCAAUGAAGCGACCCAUGAUAUUAUAAGAGCCAACCUGGAUAAUUCAAUUCAUAUUCGCGAGACUGUCAGAGGGCCCCGGUAUUGUCCGUCUCUAGAGGCCAAGAUUCUCCGGUUCAAACACAAGAAGGAACACCAGAUAUGGCUUGAGCCUGAGGGAUUUGCGCCGAAUGAAGUCAUCUACCCUAAUGGAAUUUCGAUGACGGUACCUGUGGAAGCACAGGAAGCUAUGUUGCGCACAAUUCGCGGCCUGGAAAACGUGCGCAUGCUCCAGCCUGCAUAUGGAGUGGAAUACGACUAUAUUGAUCCGCGAAAUUUGAAGCCGACCCUAGAGACAAAACUUAUCGGUGGGUUGUAUCUGGCUGGCCAGAUCAACGGCACCACCGGAUACGAGGAGGCAGCCGGUCAGGGUAUUCUAGCCGGCAUGAACGCCGGCCUGGCUGCACAAGGCAAGGCGCCGAUGGUGCUUACUCGAGCAGAUGGGUACAUUGGCAUUAUGGUCGAUGAUCUGAUUACAAGAGGAGUCUCGGAGCCAUACCGCAUGUUCACCUCCCGCAGCGAGUUUCGUAUCUCGAGUCGCUCGGACAAUGCUGAUCUCCGUCUUACAGCCAUGGGCCGAGAGGCGUCCGUGGUCUCCGACGAGCGAUGGGCCCAUUUCUCAGAGACCAAGGCGCAAAUCGACGAACUGUCACAAUUACUGGCAAACACGCGAUACACAUCAAACCAGUGGUCACGCCUGGGUUUCCAAACCCGAGUUGACACUUCAUACCGCAGUGGUCUCGACAUGCUCUGCGUCGACGGCAUCGACAUCGACUCUCUGAUUCCACACAUUACCUCCCCCAGCGGCAUCGCAUAUACAUCCGCGUCAUUCGACCCCGAAAUCAAAAAACGCGUAACCAUCGAAGCACAAUACGCUCCCUACGUCAAACGGCAAUCCCUCAUGGCCGAGAAAUUCAGACGAGAGGAACGAAUGCUCCUCCCCUCGAACAUGGAUUAUUCAGCUGUUCACGGAUUGAGUACCGAGGAAAGACAGGCGCUGGAACGCGUGCGGCCGGAGAAUAUUGGCAUGUUGAGACGGAUUGAAGGGAUUACGCCGUCGGGUGCGGUGAGGAUUAUGAUGCAUCUUCGCAAGGGGCGAUUGUUGACUGCUACGGACGCUGAGGUGAGAGAGAUGGCUGCUGUAUAG